AUGCCCUCCUCGAUUCCGUGUUCACGUUGUCGUCGUGAGGAGGCUUACUCAGAUUCCUCUACCCACAAGGUAAAGGAAGAUGGGGGCCAAGAGACACGGAUAGUCCGUCAGGACUUGCAACCCGCACGGAUGAAAUUAAAUAUGCAGCGACUCAGCAAAACCAAAGAGUCCCAAACGGCG